AUGUUUCAGAUGAAAUUGACCCCACGGCGACAUGAGUUGCUUUCGGUGUAUCUGCUUGGCUUCGGCACGUUGUUCAUGUAUCUCGGUUACCACACACAGUCAUUCAUCUGCGAAUCUAUAAUACAUUCAGUGCAUCUAGAAGAUCCGCAAAGAAUUUCUACAUACGCUGGAUAUUACGGUCAGGCUGUUCACUACACAGCAUUUGCUGUCUCUAGUCUUUUCACCGCUUCGCUUCACCAUUACCUCACCUCAAAGUGGAUUCUAGUCUUUUCCACCAUUCUUUUCGCCGUAUAUCAUCUGGGGUUUUUCUAUAUCAACUCCUACUAUUUUUAUGGUUCACAAGUCGUGAUGGGAAUUGCAUACUCAUUGUAUAACAAUGGGGAAGGCGCUUAUCUGGCUGAACACUCAUCAAGAAGAACUGUGGAGUCGAACACUGGAAUUGAAACCGCUGUAGGACAUACAAGCAUGCUAGUGGGAGGCCUUGCAUUACUGCUGAUUUUCAAUAUCUGUCCCGAUGAACGGUCUGAGAAGGUGUCUAAUUUCCUCAGAGAAUGGUCAUUUCAGGCAAUUUACGGCACGUUCUUUGGUCUCUCUGUAAUGUCAGUGCUGAUAUUCGCCUUGCUUCCGACAAGGCAAUACGAUAGUAUUGCUAGUAAUUCACCACGGGUCAUUCCGAACUUUAGAAAUCACUUCGUGUCGCUUGCUAAGACAUCAUUUCAUACAAACAUGAUUCUUCUAUUCUUCACCUUUUUUUACAUGGGAGUUCUUGUCUCAUUCGUUCUCGGCAUUUACCCAACCACCAUCUCAUUUACCGCUUCCUUUGCUCGUGACGCCAACGUAGUCGCCCUUUACAGUACCUCAGCCGGAUUGGCUGAGUUCUCUGUCUUUGUGCGUCCGCUCAUUAAGCGCUGUCAUAGCUGUAAACUGAUUGCUACAAUCGCAUUGCACUUCUUCGUUGUCGUCACUGCAUUGGCACUCAUCCAGUUGUCAGUACCAGAACGAGCUACCAUUGAGCCAACUGACGGAAACGCUAUAUGGUUUACUCCGAGUCGUACGAUAACCUGUGUCUUCGGUUAUUUGGUGGGUUUGGCGGACUUCACACUGACCAUGACAAGGGUCGUUAUCUGCCAGAAAGCUGUGCCACAGUUUCGAAUGGAAGUCUUCUCUCUAACUAGAAUAUACCAGUGUAUAGCUUCGUGCAUUGUUCUUUUUCUGUCACCGUACAUGACAGUAACCGCGUGGACGAUCGUCCUGUCGACUAGCCUUCUAAUUGGCACCACAUGUCUUGUCGUGGUGGUGAGGAGAACGAAUAACUCUGACGAUGUUGUAUCUCCUAUAGAGCACAUAGCUACGAUGGAAAAGAUUCUUAAGAAAACAUUUCUCUUCAAAAUAACCGUUGAAUGA